AUGGACCUCAUCCCCCAGCUCCAAAGAGCCAUCCUCGCUCAAUUCCUCCCCCCUCCCUCCCAGACCUUUCUCACAACCCUCACAACCGCCCGCUCGCCUCCCCCACCAAUCCCAUCCCUCCUCGCAACCGCCAAAGCCCGUCUUCUCGCAUCCGACCUGACAAACACCUCCUCCGCCAUCAUCGACCCUUCAGCGCCUGUUUUCCCGGCAAACAUCGAUGCCGCAACCGUAAAGGAGACGAAUCUCGCGCAAAACACCCACGUCCAAGUCAUCGACAUUGAGAAUCUGAGCCUCAGUCGCUGGGAGCAGGUCGAAGAGCUCGAGGCCAUUGAGCGCGGGGAGCGCACUCGCGGGAGGCAAGUCAUUCGGGUGGUUGCCCCUGAAGACGGCGACAACGAGGCAGACGCUUCUUCGACGGCCCAGCAGACUCAGGCGUCUCGUCCGGCUGCUGCUGCUAUAACUACGGGGGGAGCAAACGCCGUGCAUAGGUUGGUGCUGCAGGAUAGACAGGGCAAACGGGUCUUUGCCGUGGAACUGAGGCGCAUAAACGGGAUUGGAAUCGGAAAGACGCACAUUGGGGAGAAGAUUUUGCUCAAGGCUGGAGCUGUCGUGGCCAGAGGGACGGUGCUUCUGACGCCAGAGACGUGCACGCUGUUGGGAGGCAAGAUUGAUGCGUGGCACGAGACGUGGAUGGAGGGCAGACUGGCGAGGCUGAAGGAGAGCGUGGGAGCUGACCGGCCGCGAUGAGGGCCUGGAUUGGGUCUGGAGACCAAAUUGCUUUUUGAUACCCCCUUUCUAUUUCGUCAUGUAUCUUCUUUGCUAGAAUAUAAAGAAUCUAUACGGUAAGUACACAUCGUAGUGUCGUACAAAUACCCUUCCCCUGUAUAACAUACAUACAUCUGUGAACAGUCGUUCCUUCACAGACUCUGACGCAAUACUCGUCAUAACAUGUCCUCUAUACUCAUACUAUUCAAAUACCCUUAACACCGGCUUCCAAAGCAUUCCAUCCAGACACCUCCCACGGCGCCAAAAACGCCGCCUUCUGCGCAUCUGCAACCCUGCCCGUGCACGAAUACGCCUUUGCCAAGUCCUGAGCUUCCAAUUCUCCCCGCGGUGGAAUGCCCCUCGCGGCAACCUUCAGCGACACCUGGGC